UUCCAUCCAGACCAUCAACAUUCGCUUCUUUUUCUUCUUCAUACAAAAUUUAUACUGAAUUUCGGUGUUUAGGUUUUAAUAAAUUCAAGGCAUGGAGAAUCCUUUACGUCUUAAGUCGUUGAAUCACAUCUCUAUAGUGUGCAGAUCAGUCGAGAAAUCUAUUGAUUUCUACCAGAAUGUUCUUGGCUUCUUCCCCGUUAGAAGGCCCGGUUCCUUUGAUUUUGAAGGCGCAUGGCUAUUCAAUUAUGGGAUUGGCGUACAUCUUCUGAAAUCUGAAGAUCCUAAUAAAAUGCCCUCCAUCAACCAGAUAAAUCCCAAGGACAACCAUAUAUCCUUCCAAUGUGAAAGCACGGAAAUAGUAGAGAGAAAGCUGAAGGAGAUGAAGAUAGAGUACGUCAAGGCGAGAGUAGAAGAGGGUGGAAUCUACGUGGACCAGUUGUUUUUUCACGACCCAGAUGGCUCAAUGAUCGAGAUUUGUAACUGUGACGUGUUGCCGGUGGUUCCAUUAGCCAGAGAGGCCUUCAGAUCAUGUUCAUCUCUCAACUGCGUUCUGCAGCAACAGCAGGUGGUGAAAUGCCAAGACUUUUCUCACUGUGCUUGAUCGAUCAUAUUCAUAUAAAUUUACACUUGAAUAUCAAACGUUGUUGUCUCUGCUAUAUAUGGAGAGAUAAAUGAAAGAAGAAAAAGAUUGAUUUUCCUACCUAA